GCCCGUGUGGACUUUGCCCCUGCGUGCGUGCGCGCUGCUGCCGCGGGCUGCUCGGCCUCCUCCGCCGUCCAUGGAAGGGCCCAGAUCCCCGUCGCCGGGGGAAGACCUGGAGCUCCUGGCGCUCGGGGGGCCGGCGGACGAGCAGAAGCCCCUCAAUGGCACCGUGCAGGUGGUCCCUGUCUCGGGCGGGGAGCCCCGCCCGGCCCAGGCCAACAAGGAGAACCCUUGGAGCUCCUGUAAUAAGAAACUGAUUGGGAAGUGCAAACUGUGGAUGGUCAUCGCCUCUGUUUUCGUAGGUCUCAUUGUAGUGAUCGUCGUAAGCUUGUGUCUUAUUGGAGUAACUUACAUCGACGAAGAUGCAAACGAAAUACUUGAAUUAUCAUCAAAUAAAACCUUCUUGGUCAUGCUGAAGAUUCCAGAGGAGUGUGUUACUGAAGAGGAAUUGCCUCACUUGCUCACCAAAAGGCUCACAGAUGUGUACACUUCAUCCCCAUCUCUCAGUCGUUACUUCACUUCAGUGGAAAUGACAGACUUCAGCGGUGAAAAUGCCACGAUAGCCUACCACCUGCAGUUUGGGGUUCCUUCCGAGGACGACAGCUUUAUGCGGUACAUGAUGAAUGAGGAGUUGGUGCGGGGCGUCUUACUGCAGAGUCUGCAUGACGAGGGGGUGUCUGGUUGUGAGACCCUGGGCCUUGGGCCGGCGUCGCUCCUGCUCUACGAAUGAAGUGGAGGAUGUUGGUCUGUAUCUGAAAGCAGCGCUCCACUGAGUUUUUGGAAUGAGAGAAUGCAUUUUGCUUUCCAGAGAAGAUCCUGCGAAUUACCAGAGAAGGACUGGCAAUGACGUGAAGGGUUGGAGGCUGUCCUUUUUCUCCUGAUUCUGCACUUGGGAAGUCUGGGCUCUGCGUCCAGCAACAGCAUGUAGGGGCGACCCCAGCUGGGUGUAGGCAAAGGCAGGAAGUCAGACGGUGGGUGGAACUCGCUGCUAUUCUCAGAGCACCGCUUGCUUCCACCUACAUGUGGACACUUACUCCAUAGUGCAGAGGUGACCUUUCAGGCGGGUCCUCUCCGUGCAGGUGGAGAGAGUGUGCAGGCAGGAGGUGAGGGACUGCAUAGCUAAUCACUCACUGAAAUCCUUCUCCCACUCGCCCAGGCCUGAUGUGAUGCACGAUCUACCUCUAAGCAGGACUGUGAGGGAGGCACCUGGGAGACCAAAGCAGCAAAGUUCUGGGUCCGAUUCCAGGACCUGCGGCUGCAUACCUUAGCAGACCAGCCUGAGACCCGCCAUCCAACAUUACUGUGUUAUGUGGAGCUACUGAAAUGAGAUGCGUGUUUCUUACUUCGCCCUUCCUCAUUGCACCUGUGACUCUUGAACACCCCUUUUGGAAACGUGGGUCCUUGAGCGUUUUGAGUUUUGAACGCACUGCUGUCGUUUGGGAUCGUUUUCCCACUUAACAGUUUCUCCAGCUUCCAUCAGAGGAUCACUGAGGCUGCUUACCUCGUGCACGCUGGCUCAUGGCUUUUUAUUGUCCCUUGGGACUAGGCUUCGUCCAAAACUCAGUGUCUGCAGGCACUGGUUGUGUAUCUUACUGAGGGUGGUUGGAAACAGAAAGAACCACUUUCUGUUUGAAGUUAAUUGUGGGAGGCUGAAUGCCACUCUGUUUGCAGGCUGGGGGGAAUGUUAGUGACUGUGUUGAUCAUCUACGGACGUAGAAUUGUCCAGCACGAGGAAACAGUGUUUGUUUCCUUGGAAAAAAAUUGUUUGCAGGAAAUUUUCCAGGAGAGAGUGUUGUGUGUUGUGGUCCCAUAAGGAGAUGUUCUUAGCUCCAGGAUCUCAGUUAAAUUGGCCGUGGGUAGAUGUCAGUGUGGGGGGCUGCUGUGUACGGGAAGUGUCCAAGGGGGUGUCUCAGGCUGGAUUUGCCCUGGUCUUUUUGUGCUCCAGGACUCUGGAUAAUGUGAAUUCACUUUCUUAUUUAACUAGAGGAUGCAUUUAUUGUAACCUGGUGUCUCAUUUUGAGGCCAGUUCCUCAAACUAGCCAAAUAGGUGCACCUCCCUUCUUCCUCUUUAUUUUUCACAUGUCAAAUGUAAACUGUUGUGUGUUUGUAUUUUUUAGAAUGUAAUGAAUGACUUUAAUGGGGAGGGAUUUAAAAAUAUUUACAAUAAAUUAUUUUUGCA